AUGGCGGAGAUGAUCGAUACCCUUGAGCAGAAAAAUCGCGAUGAGACGGGCAAGAAGGCUGACUGGCGGCAGGAUGGGAGUCGCCACUUUGACAUCUUGGUAGGGGCACUGCUUUCUGUGACAUCCUUGUGCAUGGAAGUUUCAGUUCUUGUGAUCGAACCCGUCGUCGAGCCCACAUCCUCAGCCCAGUCCGCCGAGUUCCGGCAGGAAAUGAAGCAUACAAAGACAGCCUUGGACGAGAGAGAGGAUGAAGCGAAAAGAAAGAAGGCAGCCGUGGAGCUGGCAUCCUCCCAGGUGGCGCAGCUCCGCCAGGAACUAGCGACCCUUGCAGAUGAGCUUGGCCAGAUUGCUGCAAGUGACCAAGAGCUGACCAAAAUGCGAGAGGCAGAGCACGAGGAGCAUGUGAAAGCUUACAAAGACCUGCAGCUGGGCGUGGCUGGAGUGCAGGCCGCGAUCAAGGCGUUGCGGGACUACUACUCGCAGGAUCGCCAGCCUGUCAGCGUCGACAUGGCAGCAUCCAUGGCUCUCGCUGCUGAGGGGCGGGCACCGCGGCUCGCGGAGGUCGAAGCUUCUACAGCUGGCGCAGGCGUCAUCAGCCUACUGGAGGUCGUCGAGUCCAACUUUGCGCGGAACAUGGCCGACCUUCAGUCACAGGAUCGCAAUGCCCAGGAGAACUACGACCAGAUGAUUCAUGAAAGCCAGGUGCAGUCUCAUGGCACGGCAGAGCAGGCCCAUGGUGGUACCUGUGCCAACGAAGCUAUCCACCAUGGGAUCACCUCCGUGUACCUGCGUGAAUGCUUGUGA